AAAUCAAGGUGUCUUUUAACUUACUCCCUUCGAUUUUAGGAAGAACUAGUAGUAAUAAGUGCAAAAAAUAGGGUACUUAUUACUACUGAUCUAUUAAAACAUGCUAUGUAGAAGGCAGGACCUAGGCUGGAAGGCGCAAGAGAUAGUAUUCUUCCGCCAGCCCCGAGAAUAGAGAGUCCUGGACCUUUUAGCCUGGCUGCCAAGGGGUGGGGUGUAGGGCGGAAGUUAUGGCGCAGGGCCGAAGUUUAGCUGCUGAAGGGCGGAAGUAGAGUCCCGAAGUCUUGCAAUCAUGGCUCAAGAAGAGGAAGAUGUAAGAGAUUACAAUUUGACGGAGGAACAGAAGGCGAUCAAGGACAAGUAUCCUCCGGUCAAUCGAAAGUACGAAUAUUUGGAUCAUACGGCUGAUGUCCAGUUACACGCAUGGGGAGAUACCCUGGAGGAGGCAUUUGAACAGUGUGCCAUGGCCAUGUUUGGUUACAUGACAGAUACUGGCACUGUGGAACCCCUCCAAACAGUAGAAGUAGAAACACAAGGAGAUGACUUGCAGUCUCUGCUGUUUCACUUUUUGGAUGAGUGGCUUUACAAGUUCAGUGCUGAUGAAUACUUCAUACCCCGGGAAGUGAAAGUACUCAAUAUUGAUCAAAAAAAUUUCAAGUUACGGUCAAUUGGGUGGGGAGAAGAAUUUUCACUGUCCAAGCACCCUCAGGGAACAGAAGUCAAAGCAAUAACGUACUCGGCAAUGCAGGUCUACAAUGAAGAGAAACCUGAAGUGUUUGUAAUCAUCGACAUUUAAGAUACCAAAGAAAGGAAGAAAGAAAGACUCUUAGGAAGAGCUAACUUGUUGUCUUCCUUUUAACAAAAUGCAACGAUUUAUUUUCUAUAGUGUCUUUGCUAAAUGGAACUAGAGAACUGGGAAUUUACAGUAUGACUUCUGAAAUGGAAAACCAGUGUGCAACCUUGGUCUGUGAGUCCUAGGUAAUGAAUUCUUCGAUUUUUGAGGAACAGUCUUGUACUUGAUCAUUUGCAGCAGUAGCCUUACACCUUCUGGUGGAAUGCAAGCACUCCAGCCUGGUCUCAGAAGGGAUGCAUUCAAUUCCAAACAAAAUAAUUUGAGCCAGUUAUGACAGACAGUCUAUGCCUGUGAUCACAACCCUCAGGAUCCUGAGCUUGAGGCCAGCUUUGGCUGUAGAAUGAGUUUGAGGCUAGCUUGGGCAAUUUAACAUGG